AUGGUGCCAAUAGGAAGAAAUGCGAGUGUGGAGAUUGUCUUCAUCUUGUUGGGCUUCACAGACUACCCUGAGCUUCAGAUCCCGCUUUUCCUAAUCUUUCUCUUCAUGUACAUCAUCACUAUAGUGGGAAACCUUGGGAUGAUAGUACUCAUCAAUAUCGACCCUAAGUUCCACACUCCCAUGUACUUUUUCCUUAGCCACCUUUCCUUUGUUGACUUCUGCUACCCAACCAUCAUCAUGCCAAAGCUACUUGAGAACCUUCUCUUCGCUGAUAAAACUAUACUCUACUUCAGCUGUAUGUUGCAGUACUUCCUGUCCUGUGUAGCUCUGGUGGCUGAGUCCUACUUGCUAGCAGUCAUGGCUUAUGAUCGCUUUGUGGCCAUCUGUAAUCCCUUGUUGUAUACUGUGGCCAUGUCACAGAGGCUGUGCAUCCUGCUUGUGACUGGGUCAUAUAUCUGGAGCACCCUUGCCACAUUGAUUCUCCUCUGCUAUGCUCUGCAGCUAAAGUUUUCAAGAUUUAAUGUGAUCAACCAUUUCUUCUGUGAAUAUACCGCCCUCAUUGCUGUCUCUAGUUCUGAUAUACACACCCCCAGCCUGCUACUCUUUUGUUUUGCAACCUUCAAUGAAGUGAGUACACUCCUGAUCAUUCUCACUUCUUAUGUGUUUAUUUUCACGACGGUAUUAAAAAUCAAAUCUGCUAGUGGACGUCGCAAAGCCUUCUCUACCUGUGCCUCCCACCUGACAGCCAUCACCAUUUUUCAUGGAACCAUACUUUCCCUCUACUGUGUACCUAACUCCAAAAAUUCUAGGAAUGCAGUCAAAGUGGCCUCUGUCUUUUAUGCAAUUGUCAACCCCUUGCUUAACCCUCUUAUCUACAGCUUGAGAAACAAGGAUGUGAAGGAGGUUUUCCAGAAAUUAGUGAGUAUUUCAUUGAAAGUUCGACUUCACUGA